CAUGUGCACACAGACAACCAAUGCAGGGGAAGGACCAAGUAACUGUCUAACCUGAUUGAAAAUCAAAUGAUGACCAAACUUCAAUUGUAUUUGUGCUGAUUGCUUGGAUACUGUUUCUUCAGAAACUAUGCUCAAGUCACAGGUUGUACCUAACCACAUCCUACCACCACAUCCUGCUGGGCUAAAGUCCCAAAAAGUAAUAAGAGAUGCAUUCAACUUUAUGAGAGGAGAGCAAAACCUAAUCUUUCAGGUGGUGAGGUCCACCCAGUAUGGAGCUGAAAGGUGCCAUUGUUCUGCUCAUGUUUAUAAAGGGAGCUGCCAUUUUUCUCUCAGCAGAGAGUUGGGAGCAACUCCAGAGUCUCCUUCAAGAUGCUGCUGGUCCUGCUAUCAGUGGUCCUUCUGGCUCUGAGCUCAGCUCAGAGCACAGAUAAUGAUGUGAUCUAUGAAGACUUUACUUCCACCACACCAGAUGUAGAGGACUCAAGUCAGAGCCCAGAUCAGGGAUCCCAGAGACCUCCGCUUGAAGGACUCCUACCUAGACCCCCUGGCGAUAGUGGUAACCAAGAUGAUGGUCCUCAGCAGAGACCACCACAACCAGGAGGCCAUCACCACCAUCCUCCCCCACCACCUUUUCAAAAUCAACAACGACCACCCCGACGAGGAGGCCAUCACCUCUCUGUACCCCGAUUUCCUCCUGUCCGCCUGGAGGAAGUACCACCACCAUUCUUCCAGAGGGACAGACCACCAAGACAUCCGCAGGACCAGCCACUCUGGUAAUCUAGAAUUCAGUGACAG